AUGAUCUCUGUGUUAACGACACUGAAGUUACCAAGUCUCGCCGGUUCUGACAGCGUACACGGGCAGGGCCCAACUUCGUCUCCCGCACGCGGUGCAAUGUCGGGCAGUGCGUCCGCGGCAUCGAGGGAUGUAAAUCCUACGCUCGAUGAGCCCGAGCGUCGCGCUCCGCGCACGCUAUCAGUGACAAGUGACUUUUUCGAGGAUGUGGAGGUGGUCGAUUACAAGUCUGACACUUUUUUUCCCGUGUGGGAUGACGAGGAAGGCGAGCCGCGCCAGCGGCGUGAGACGAGCCCUGCUCGCGCCUUUCGGACCCCAUGUCCGUUUCCUGACUUCUCGUCAUCUGAGGGACGUGGUGUAAUCACCAAUGAUCUCGACGGGGCACAGAAGCGGCAGCUGAAAGCUGCCCGUAAGGCGGCUCUGAUGCACGAUUUUCCACGGUCGGUCAUUGACCCUCGUGUGGUAUAUGACUUCCACCCGGUGGAUCCCGCUGUGGAAGCGAAGGACACGGUAACUCGACUGUUACGCCUCCACAUCGUCGGCCCCCCGGCUCUUACGGAAGAUGAGCUUGCCGAACAGAAAUCUCUUCGAGCUCGUUUCUUGGUUCCAUAA